AGGAGACGGAAGUAAGUGCAAUUUGUAGUCAACUUACCUUCGACGUGAACGUACAUCGCUCUGAGAGCGAACAGCAUUACACAGUGAGGGAAGAACAGUUGGAGUGUUUAUUUCUGUGGUCUGACCUGCAGUUUGUCACUGAGCGGGUUAGAAGAGGCCGGUUUCAGCUCCACUACGUGAAACUCGUGUUGAGCCAUGCACGGUCGAGUGAAGGUAAAGUCCACUGCUCAGCAGGAAGAGGAGAAGAGGAAAGAGCGAGAGAAGAAACUGAAAGUGUACCUGACGGUUCGAGAUGCCAUCUUCAAAAAGAGGAGUAAUAGCGAGCUGGAUGAAGAAGCUCUCCAGCUCACGCAGCAGCUCCUGGCUUCUAACCCAGACUUUGCCACGCUCUGGAACUACAGGAGAGAAAUCUUUCUGCACCUCGAGACUGUCAAAGAGGAGGAAGAGAUGCAGAAACUGUAUGAAGCUGAGCUGCUCUUCAUCGAGGCGUGUCUGAAAGUGAACCCCAAGUCGUACGGCAGCUGGCAUCACCGCGGCUGGGUGUCGUACCGCCUCCCAAGACCCGACUGGAAGAGAGAGCUCGUCCUGUGUGACCGCUGCCUCAGCCUGGACGACCGAAACUUUCACUGUUGGGAUUACCGCCGCUUGGUGGUGAAGGUGUCCGGAGUUUCUGUGGAACAGGAGCUCCAGUUUACAGAUCGUCUGAUUGGCUCAAACUUUUCCAACUACUCAAGCUGGCACUACCGGAGCACACUGCUGCCCCUCCUGCACCCGCAACCCGCAUCUGAUCCGGCGCCAGCCUGCCAAAAACACACACACACUCCCACAGUGCCCACGGCCUCACCUCAGACGCACGGGCACCGAGUGUGUGAGGAGCAGCUGCUAAAAGAAUAUGAACUGGUGCAGAAUGCCGUCUUCACAGACCCAAAUGACCAGAGCGCAUGGUUCUAUUACCGCUGGCUCCUGGGGCGAGCUGAGCGUGAGGAGGUGAUUAGCUGUGUGUAUGUGAGCAGAGAGGGAGAGCGAGUCGCUGUGGCUUUCUCCAAACCUGUUAACGUUGUUAGUUUGAUGUUGGUGUUAGAUGGUCAGCCUCAGCAGCAGGUGGAGUGGAGGAGUGUUCACCCUCGAUUUCGCCACAGCCCCGUCUGGUUGUGCGAGCUUCCUCCCAGCUCCAUCAGCGACAUCAACAAUGAACACAACCUGACGGUGCACUGGAUGGAGAAACACACACAACGAGACUGUGCUCUCUAUACAGGUCGGACGGAGAGUUGGUGCAGAGACUCUGCCACGGAUCAGGAGCUCUUCAGGAGUGAGCUGUCUGUAGAGAAGACGUCAGUUCUCCAGUCUGAGCUCCAGUCCUGUACUCAGCUCCUGGAACUGGAGCCUCAGAAUAAAUGGUGCCUUUUAACUAUAAUCCUCCUGAUGAGAGCUCUGGAUCCUCUAGGUCACGAGAAAGAGACACUCGCUCAUUUCCAGACACUGAAGGAAGUGGACCCCAUGCGAAGCUCCUACUACAGCGAUCUCUGCAGUAAGUUUCUGAUCGAGAACACUAUCCUGAAAAUGGAGUACGCUGAGGUACGGGUCUUCAGCCUGUCGGAUAAGAACCUGAGCACGCUUUGCCACCUGGACCAGCUCCUAUUGGUCACUCAUAUCAACCUGUGCUCCAAUCAGCUCAUGAAGCUGCCGCCGCAGUUCGCCAUGCUGCACUGUCUCGAGGUUCUGGAGGCUGAUGAUAACGCCAUAGAGAAUCUGGAGGGACUGUACCAUCUGCCCAACCUGGAGGAGGUGUCUUUGAAAAACAAUCAAAUCUCAAAAAUCUCUGACCUAUCGCCACUCGCAACGUGUCCGAAGCUCACCAGGCUAGAUCUCCGUGGCAACCCGGUCACCAAGACCGCCGAUAUCGAGGCAGAGCUAGCCAAGCUGCUACCAUCACUUACUGACCUUCUACUCUGAUAAACUCCCAAGGAUUGUGUGUGUGUGUGAAUAUUAAUGUGUACCACAGCAUUGUUAAAUUCUGAUUGGGUGUUGAUUUAUUUUCUGUAACAGCAGCACACAGGUUUAUACGAAUGCGCCUGUUGUAAUAUGUCAUUGUUUCUAUAGUAACAGCUCGUUCACAUGGAUUUACAGGACUUAAAGCAGACGCUCCACAUAAACAGAUUUAGAAAUGUCUGUAAUCCUGGACGUGGAAGGAGUCUCCGGUGACAGUGCUUUGUAAAAGUCUUUUUUUUUUGUCUUAUUAAUAGAGGGAGGGAGAGAGUGAAGGAAGUGGGGGAGAGACAGAAGGAGGGAGAGAGAGACAUGCUGGUGAAGGAAUGAUUGUUUACAGCUGCUGUAACAAGUGAUAUCAGGUACUAAAUUGGUUAGAUGUUCCACAAUAUUAAAUGUAACUGUAAAUGGAUAAAAAUUGACAUUAUUGUAAUCAGUGAUGAGUUGCUGUGGUAUAAGAGGAAUGAAACACUUCAGGAUGUGAGGUUCUAGUAAAAUAAUCAACAAUAAAUCUGCUUCAUGUCAGGCAGCAUCAUUAUUUUCCUGUAAGAGCGUACCUCUGAGUGUUUUUUUCCUUAUGUGUUUCAAAUUCUGCAUGCUGAGAUGAUGUGCUUUACCGUGUGUGUGUGUCUGUGUCCAGUGACAUUCCUCAUUCCUUCUUUAUUAGGAAAAUAAGGAGAGGUUGCUCUAUGAUGUAACAGUCUCUCUAAUGAUAAAGGAAGUUCACAAUGGAAUCUAUUUGACUGAGCCAGACAUGAUUGUACAUGUACUCACACCUUGUAUCUGAGACACUUAACUAGGAGGGACAAAUAUCGAGUGAAAGAGAGAGUGUGUGUGUGUGUGUGUGUGUGUGUGUGUGUGUGUGUGUGUGUGUGUGUGUGUGUGAGUGCAUGCACGCACUAAAAUAUACAUGCAAAACCCAUGAAUAAAAGAUCUCUCAAUA